AUGGUGCCAUCGGAAUUGAUACGCGUUGUGGUAGUAGCCACUGUUAUGGUAGGUAUCCGAAGUCAUAUAAAACCUGAAGCUAUUCAAGAAUAUUUGGAUAUCUGCACAAAUGUAACAAAUAAACCAUUUUUUGAUCUUUCAAUGGUGGUAAGAAAAAAGUGGACGAUAUAUUACAAUUGGAACCUAAAAUUAGACGAUGCUUGCCCGCAAUUGUUUUUCAAGUAUCCCAAUGAUUUAGUAAUAAAACGAAUCUACAAGGCAAUGAGUGGACAUUUAAAGACGGAACCUUCGUGGCACGAUGCAGUCCUGGUUAUGACAAUCGGACCAUCUCGUGAGAUGUUGCUCUUUAACGAUCCAAGUGGCACUCCUGGCCGGUUUCUUGGAGUACCCAAUAUGCGAGAGGAAGAUGUUUUAUACAUGUUCGGAGCAACCAAACUUCCAUUGUUCGCGAUGGCCAUGAAGCUGAUUCAGAAGGGAAAGUACCUUCUCUCAUCCGACUGUCGUGUCGGCGUCACAUCACUAGCACUUCACGAAGCCCAGGUGCCAACGAGAGUCGAAAUAGAUGCGGUUGCGGCAACCUUACAUUUCGGUGACGGAUUUCCUUCAUGCAUCAACGGGCCUGAUCCCGAAGAGAAGAAAUAA